UUGUAGUGUAGCACAAAGGAAGGCGGUGAUAGGCGCUUCUCAAAUAGGCUUCGAGAUAAGGAUUUAUGAAUCAAGCUAUCUGAGUCCGAGAUUAUCCACGCACACUCACCCGUCCACCCAACUGCCACCCAAGCCCCCCACAACACUCGAACACAGACACAAGUCAAGGACAUUUUUUGAUAAAAAGAUAAAAAAUGACACGGCGUCGACGUCCACGAUGUAAGGUGAAUCCCUCGAUAGCGCUGAGAAAGAAGAAACAGGAGACUGCACCCAGUGCAGAAAAGGUAGAGCCACAACGUCCACCGCCCUUGCCGGAUCCGCCCAGCGAAGAGCCACCGGAAGUCGUCAGCACUUCGAGCGUAGAAUCUGAAAUCGAAUCGGAUUACAAACUCUUCCCGGAACUCUACGAUCGCCAGCCGUCGAUGCCCACGUUUGCUGAUCUUUUUGGUCAGCCCUCUUAUGAAUCAGUGUUGCAGGAGCCCGAGGUGGCAUCUACCUCCUCCUCAACGAACACAAAUGCCGCGGGAAUACGUAGUACAGACGAUGGGAAAUUCACUAAUAUUCCGGCCACGAUGCUGUCAGAUCAAUUUGGGAUCAUUGGGCUGCUGGCCGCCAUGAGGACUACGCAAACGGAUCCGGGCGCCACGCAGCUGGUCUUUGGUGAGGAUCUAACCACCUACGGACUAGAUUUGGCUGCCCAGGGAGACAUUUAUGUGCAUUUCAAUGGGCCUCUAACCCGCGAACCACCUGACAGAAAUUCCAUGGACUGCGCCCUUGAGAUGGGAAUGCGUGCCAUGCGUGAUUCGAUUAUCAAUGAACCACCGAAGGCUCCGUGUUGGGAUCCAUUUGAGCCAGAGACCCAAGAUCUGGGACUUGUGGGCAGUCUUGAACCGGAUGAGUUUACGAAAUCCGAUCCAGAUACGGAAACGGAUCCACCGCCAACUACUGAUUUGACUGAAGAUCCGGAAACGGAUCGAGAUGAUAAUCAGUAUAGAUAACACAUUUGGAAUCGGCGCCAAGGAUAAAAAAGAAAGACUAGUCCCAAAUAGAAUAGCAAUUUGGCAGUUGGUUAGAUCUUUGAAUACUUGGUAAAAUUGUUGAUCUUCGUGAAUUGGUAGCCCUUCUGUAUAAGAACUUGUUUGGCUUUAAAUAUAGAAUUGGCUGAGGAGUAAAAACGGG